GUGUUGACAACCCCUCCUCUCCCGAUGAAAAACAAAAUCAUCAUUCACUUAACCUCCCACAUUUUGUCAGAUGUCGUUUGCAUGGCCCGCUGAUUGAUGUUUUGCUCUCUGGUUCUCUAAAGUGGCUGGAUGAGUGCGCAAAGUAGCAGUGGAAGUUUGGAGGGGGCGCCAUCUUAGCUCCAGCGGCGGCAGCAGCAGCGGCUCCCCGGCGCCGUACUCUCUCGCUCCGCGCGCCGCUCGCAGCAGCCAAAGAAGGUGCUAUGGAGGAGCUGCACAGUUUGGACCCGCGCCGGCAGGAGUUGCUGGAGGCCAGAUUUCUGGGCGGAGUCAGUGGCAACACAGCGGGCAGCACUGGCAGCGCUAGCGGAGGAACUAAAACCUUGACAAACAACGAAUGUUCCAAUCACAGUUUUGGUAGCUUGGGCUCCUCCAGUGAUAAAGAGUCAGAGGGAUCAGAUGGGAAAAGAGGAAGUUCUCCUGCGUAUUCAACUCCUGAAAAGAAGCACUCUGAAUCAUCACGGGGCAGGAAGAGGAAAGCUGACAACCAAUCAGAGAGCAGUCAGGGGAAGUCUGUCAUUCGGGGACCCAAAAUUAGUGAUUAUUUUGAUUUUCAGGGUGGUAAUGGGUCCAGUCCAGUAAGAGGUCUUCCACCAGUCAUCCGUUCACCCCAGAACUCACAUUCCCCCUCUGCACCGGGAUCCAGCACCCGGCAGAGCAGCUCGUCCCCCACUAGUCUGUGUUUUGUGGACUCUAUGAUUUCUACCAGACAGAUGGUGGUCAAGAGUGUUCAGACUGACCUGACUGUGGUAAAACUGGCCACUAUAGAGAGCAAUAAGAACCUGGACCUGGAGAAGAAAGAGGGCAGGAUAGACGAUCUUCUGCGGGCAAACUGUGAUCUUAGGAGACAAAUUGAUGAGCAGCAAAAGCUUCUAGAAAAGUACAAAGAACGUUUAAACAUGUGCAUCACGAUGAGCAAAAAACUUCUGAUUGAGAAGAGCACACAGGAGAAGCAGGCGUGUCGGGAGAAGAGCAUGCAGGAUCGACUGCUGUUUUUCUGCAGACAGCAGGAAUGGAUCAUUCAACAACGUGAAGAAAUCGAGAGACAGAGGAAACUGUUAGCUAAGAGAAAACCCCCAUCAGCCAGCAGCUCUCAGUCGCCCAGCACCAACUCUGAGCCCAAACCACGCAAGACCAAGGCUGUGAACGGCUCCGAGAACGACCCUUUCCUCAAACCCAGCCUUCCUCAGCUGCUAACUUUAGCUGAGUACCAUGAGCAGGAGGAGAUCUUCAAACUGAGACUCGGCCAUCUCAAAAAGGAGGAGGCAGAGAUUCAGGCAGAGCUGGAGAGGUUGGAGAGGGUGCGAAAUCUUCACAUCCGAGAGUUGAAAAGAAUAAACAAUGAAGACAGUUCACAAUUCAAGGACCAUCCCACCCUGAAUGAGCGCUACCUGCUGCUACAUCUGCUGGGCAGGGGUGGCUUCAGUGAAGUCUACAAGGCGUUUGACUUAACUGAGCAACGCUACGCUGCUGUGAAGAUUCAUCAGCUCAACAAAAACUGGAGAGAGGAGAAGAAAGAAAAUUACCACAAACACGCCUGUCGGGAAUACCGAAUACAUAAACAGUUGGAUCAUCCCAGAAUAGUGAAACUGUACGAUUACUUUUCACUGGACACAGACACGUUCUGUACGGUUUUGGAAUACUGUGAAGGAAACGAUCUGGAUUUCUACUUGAAACAGCACAAGCUGAUGUCUGAGAAAGAAGCUCGCUCUAUCGUCAUGCAGAUUGUUAAUGCUUUACGAUACCUGAACGAGAUCAAGCCACCCAUAAUACACUAUGACCUCAAACCCGGGAAUAUUUUACUGGUAGAUGGAAAUGCAUGCGGAGAGAUAAAGAUCACAGAUUUCGGACUGUCUAAAAUCAUGGACGAUGACAGCUAUGGAGUAGAUGGGAUGGACCUGACAUCACAAGGGGCAGGCACUUACUGGUACUUACCCCCGGAGUGUUUUGUGGUGGGUAAAGAGCCUCCAAAGAUCUCCAAUAAAGUGGACGUCUGGUCUGUCGGGGUCAUAUUUUUCCAGUGCCUCUAUGGAAGAAAGCCAUUUGGCCAUAACCAGUCCCAGCAGGACAUCCUGCAGGAGAACACCAUCUUGAAAGCCACAGAGGUUCAGUUCCCUUCCAAACCCGUUGCCAGCAAUGAGGCCAAGGCGUUCAUCCGCAGGUGUCUAGCCUACAGGAAGGAGGACCGGUUUGAUGUGCAUCAGCUGGGAAGUGACUCCUACCUGCUGCCUCACAUCAGACGGGCCAGUUCUUCAGGAGCCCUGGCACCAAACUCCAGCUCCUACUGACAGCUUGCACUGAACAGCCCGGCUGGCCAGAGUCUGAGCUCCUUCCCUGGAGCAGGGCGCGACCAUUUCCAGGCAGCCGGAAGGAAAAGAAGCUCGAGGAAGUUUGUUGAAUUAUUGUGCUUGUGCAGCAAUGAGAUUUGGGUUUACUGAGAAAAGCAUUUGGAAAGAGAAUGAAGAAAAAUAAAGCAUAAACACCCAGAGAAUGUCGCGAUAAAGUCAUUGGAGAAAAAUAAUGCCUUCUGGAGCCUCGAUAGGGCACUGCUACUGUUAAGUACUUUGAAAUGCGACUGUUGUCAUUGGGUUUUUCACACGGUUGCCUCCACGUUCAAAGAGGAGCCAGACCUGGCAAACCACUAUCAGUUCCCACGGUCUCUGCUGGGUUUCCCUCAAUUAAGGAUUCAGAGUUCUGAUGUAAUGUCUGUAGUAAUGUCAUGUGGUGCAGACGACAGUGUUAGCUUUCCUUGCUUUGUUCAACUAGCUACGAGAAUGUAAUUCUAGCAUACAGAGCGGCUGCUGGCAGACUAGGCCCAGGCAGCAUACUAAUGUUAAAUGCACAAAAGAACCAAAUGUAGACGAAUGGCAAUGUACAGAAUCCUAUGCAGGACAAAAUAAAAGUAUCCCCUCUGGAGAAUUCAUGUAUAUUUGUUGUACAGGACCUUAAUUUCAGAUAUUAACUUUCAGCAGAUUCAUUCUGUACAGAGGUUUAACAUUUUGCCCUUUUUUAUUUCUUGUAAAUUUGGUUUCCUGGUGUGCUCUUUUUGAUUUUUGCUGUUUUGAUGUUGCUCUUUUUCAAACCGCUGUAUAAUGUACUUUGGGUAUAAAUUGUACAGUCCUGUUAAAAGAAUAAUUGCAAAUAAAUGCCAGGAAGCUC